AUGGCCCAUUGUGAGCAGGCAACGAAGCCUCUGCUUCAAUGCCUUCGCAGCACCUAUGCUCGAAGCCUGCCUGGCCUCCACGUCCAGGCCCGUGGCUUCCAGUCGUCCGCUGCCAAUGCAGAGGCUGAAACUGAACAGAAGAAGACGCCAUUCCGCUUGAACCCCGAUCCAGAGCUUGUCACACAAAGGACUCUGGAAAACCAAUUGAUGCGAAAGGGAACUCCUCCCAUUGGAUCGCGCCGUCGCCGUGCCGCGCUACGAUUUACUCCGAACACCCCCUUCGAGCAAUUGCCAUAUCAAUGUUUCCAGGAGGCGCGGAAUGUUCUCCUCGCCGACCGUGCAGAGAAGCUUAAGGAAAUUGAUACUAUGAGACAAAGAAUUGCGAAUGUUGAGGCUCAGUCCACCGAGGGGGAUGUUACAGAGCAAGCCAAGAAGUCCCGAGUGCGCGCGAUGCAACUGCACCUGGAACGACUCAAGAUACACGCCGAUAUCAACGAUCCUCUUGUGAAGCGCAAGUUUGAGGAUGGUCAAGGUGACAUGAGCAAGCCUAUCUACCGUUUUCUCGCCGACCGUAAAUGGAGAGAAUACCGCCGCAAGAUCUUGGUGCAGCGUAUCACACAGAUGAAGGUCAUUCCUGAUGUCCUCCCUCACUGCGAUCCCAUUCUUGACACCAAACUUUACUUCAACAAGAAGCAAGUCCAGCCGGGAGACUUUGUCGAAGCGCAAACCAGCACAACCGCCCCCAAGCUUGAUGUGCAGCUAUUCGAGAGCGGAGAAAAGCUCGUGACAAUUGCCAUCAUUGACUCGGAUGUCCCCAAUGUCGAGACAGAUAGCUUUGACUACAAGAUGCACUAUCUCGCGGUCAAUGUGCCCAUCUCGGCUACUGCCACCAAGGUCGAUCUCUCCCAGCUUGCGGCUGACUCGCAGGUCGUUCUCCCUUGGCUCCCGCCAGUUGCCCAGAAGGGCAGCCCCUACCACCGUCUGUCUAUCUUAAUCAUGGAGCAGAAGGACUCUCAGCUUCUUGACUUUGCUGCCGUUAAGGCUAAGGAGACCAACCGGGACAACAUGCUACUGCGCACUCUGCAGGCCAGGUACCACCUCAAGGCCAUCGGUGCUCACCUGUUCCGCACCCAGUGGGAUGAUACCACUCUCGAUGUCAUGAAGCAGAUUGGAUACAACCGCGCCGAUGUCGAGCUCCGCCGGAAGAAGGUUGAGCCUCUUCCAUACAAGCGGAGAAACCCUUCCACCUUCCGGUGA